UGAGUCGACAAAUUUUGAUAUUCACUCAAUAGUAUCGCCAGGUAAUGCUGUUCCAAACAGGUUUUCAACUCUUCGACUUUGAGCGUAAAAGCGAUUCUCUUGCCAGCAGCCUAUUGCCAGUUACGAUUCAACCGCGCAACGAAUCGCAAGCUCGUUGCGCAAAAAAAUAAUAACACGUCGCAAUGUUGGUGCUUAUUUUACUGCUGGCUACAGCAGUGAUAUGGCUGUUCCAUCGAUGGAGUAUAGCAACGUUUGAUUACUUCGAGAAGCGGAGUGUUCCUUUCUCCAAACCGUUUCCAUUGUUUGGAGCUCUCUGGCCGUACUUGAAUGGAUCCAAAUCUCCGGUGGACGCCUUCUGCGAAGGAUAUCGACAUUAUCCCGGCUGCACGUUUUCUGGCGUUUUCAUGUUCCGAUCACCCUGCUACCUGAUCCAUGAUCCGGAACUAAUCAAACAGAUCACCGUCCGGGAUUUCGACCAUUUCACGGACCAUGCCAAUAAUGUAUCCUUGGAGGUGGAUCCCUUUCUGGGGCGGGUGUUGUUCUUCGCAGAUGGCCCACGCUGGAAACAGGCACGGACGGCACUCAGCCCGGCAUUCACUGGGAGUAAGAUGCGAAAUAUGUUCGAGCUGGUGAGUAGUUACACGGCUGGUGCAAUGCAACGACUGAUUAUGGAUGCCGAAGCAAAUGGAGGCAAGUUGGAACAAGAAAUGAAAGAUUUGUUUCAAAGGUUGGGGCACGACGUUAUUACAUCGAUAUCCGUCGGAAUUGAUAUAGACUCUAUUCACGACCCGCAAAACGAUUUCUAUACACACGGAAAACGUUUAGCAAAGACAACUGGCAUACAAGGAUUUCGAGUUUUCGUCAUGUCACUGCUACCGGAGGGUAUUCUUAAAUUCAUGGGAGUACCAAUGGUACCGAAAUAUUUGGCAAACUUCUACCACAGCGUCGUUUCUCGAGUAGUCAAACACCGCUUAGAUAAUGACGUUGUCAGGCCGGAUUUUAUUCACCUUUUGUUGCAAGCACGACGAAAUGAACUGAAGGCUGACAAGGCCGAUGAGCAAUUCAAUGAUGCUGGAUUUUCGACGGUUCAGGAACACUUUCAAGCGCCUACAAAGUCCCAUGUAGAAUGGAGCGAUUAUGACAUAGCUGCUGCUGCUGCAACUUUUUUCUUCGGCGGAGCCGAAUCCACCACGACGCUACUUUGCUUUGCUGUCUACGAAAUAGCCCUAAAUUCGAAAGUUCAACAAAAAUUGCUCCUUGAAAUCGAUUCCAUACAAGAAACGCUCGGAACAGAACAGUUGACCUAUGAAGCCAUGCAACAAAUGAAGUACCUUGACAUGGUUAUAAGCGAAGCCCUCCGGAAGUGGCCCCCAUUUGGAGUCACUAAUCGUCGGUGUACAAAGCCCUAUCAAAUCCAGGACGUCGAUGGUUGCAAAGUUACAAUCGAGAAGGGGCAAGUUUUGUUUCUACCGAUUCAGGACAUCCAUAGGGACCCGAAGUACUACCCGAAUCCAAUGCACUUCGAUCCGGAACGGUUUUCACCGGAGAACCGGCACCAGCUGAACCAGGAUGCUUUUCUGCCGUUUGGUGUAGGGCCAAGGAAUUGCAUCGGAUCUCGGCUGACACUGAUGCAGACCAAGUGUUUCCUGUACUAUCUGCUGGCAAAGUUUGAGCUGCGAUUGUCAGAACGUACGGAGGUGCCCAUACAAAUCGAUCUGCGCGCUACGGGGCUUAAUUCGAAGAAUGGUAUUUGGUUUCACUUGGUUCCACGGGGCAAGUAGGCAAUAAUAAGGGAAAUUCAAUAAAUAGUUUAGGUACGUAAAUGAAUAAUAUAAUGAAU